AAUAGUUUGAAGUAAGAAAAAGAUGAGUUCCUUGGAAAAUUUCGUACAAUAUGGCAGAAAAGUUAUUGGGGCAGGUGCAAACUACCAUUCCUUCGUGAAGUAUACGGGAAGAUCUCUCCCUACAGAACCAGAAAUAUUUUUAAAGGCUCCAAGUGCCUAUAUUACGGAGGGUAAUAAAAUUGUGAUUCCCAAAGGAUUUACCAAUGUAAAUGAAGAAAUCGAACUCGGAGUUAUUAUCGGAAAAAAAUGUAAACAUGUAUCUGAAGCAGAAGCCAUGAAUUACGUUGGCGGAUAUUGUACCGUAUUGGAUAUGGCAGCAAUAUGUCAAAUCAAACCGAAUAAGAGUUGGGCAAUUGCCAAAGCGUUCGAUACUGCAUGUCCGGUCAGCAAAUUUAUUCCUAAAGAAAAAAUUCCGGAUCCAAAUAAUGUUGACUUAUGGUUAAACGUAAAUGGGGAGCAAUGGCAAAAAGACAACACAAAAAAUUUGGUAUUUAACGUACCUCAACUUAUAUCGUACAUCUCAAAAUAUUUUACUUUGGAAGUGGGUGAUCUAAUUUUAAUUGGUACACCAGCUGGAGUUGGAGCAGUAAAGAAAGAUGACGUAAUUGAAGCUGGUUUAAAGGGAAUUGUUACAAUUAAGUUUGAAGUUGAUGAAGAGUAAUUUAAAAGAGAUUAUAUCGACAUAAAUGGUGAUUUUGAUACUUACAAAUAAAAACUAGUUUAUAAAUUCAUUUUAAUCACUGUAAAUUAUUUAAUAAAAAGCGAAAAAAAUGGUUUUUAUUUGAAUUAAUUAUGUCCCAUAAAAAUCCUGUAUCUAUAUUUAACAGUAAAAUUUAAAAUUAUAACUGCGGCUGUUUAAUCUAAUAUUAAUUAUUUGAUAUAUAUUCUUUACACACUAAAAAACUUAAAGUUUUUGAUCUCAGUUCUUGUUUACAAAAUAAUUAUCGUAUUGUCGUAAUGAUGUGAUUUUAAGGUUUUUGUAGAUCCAGGUUUGGUCUCAUUAUCAUGUAUCGUAAUAUAAGUUUUAUGUCUUCAACGUCCAAUUAUUUGUUAAUUAAUUAAGCUUUUAUCAUUAUUUUAGAUGCUAUUUUUAGUAGUUUUAACGUUGUUUGAGGCACUAUAUCUAUAAGAUGUAUUA